AUGGAAGAUAGCAUACAGUUUGUACUGGAGAAAGAUAUAAAGAGAAGUUCAAGCAAUAAACCUUCAGGCCGUAUACGAAAAGGUUUUGAAAAUAUUGUAGCCACCAAUGCUACUAUACCAACCAAGUUUCAAACAGUAAUCAUCUCCCAUGAUGGCAAAAAAGGUUUCCUUUCAAAGUCAAAACGAUUUGAAGAACAAAUGAAUGAGAACCCUGGACCUGGUAAAUACCUGAGCCAUACAAAUUUUGAGUCAAGCAGCACCUCAUAUUCCCAAAAAGGUACUGGUGGACUGGCUUCAAAGACCAAACGCAACAUUGGAGUUCUGAACUCAAGACAGCAAGGAGGGUCAUUUAUUCUUCUCCCUUCAUCAUUUAAUCAGAAACAGGAUUUCAAUCGGUCUGGCAACACAAGAAUUUUUCAGAAGGAAAUAACAAAGAAAAUAGAAGCACAGCCCACACCAGCACCAAAUCAGUACAAGAUUAACAUAAACCCAAUAAAGAAAUCCUCAACAGAAGCAGGAUUUCAAUCCCAGACAAAAAGAGAAAUGAAUUAUUUAAAAGAAGCAAGCAAAAUUCCAGCACCAUGUCAGUAUUCUAUAAACUACAAUUUAGUUCAAGGAAGUGCAAAGGCCGUUUCCUAUCCAUUUAAAUCAAGAUCGAAACGUUCAUGUUCAGCUCAACCUCAUCCUUUCCCUGGUCCAGGAUCUUAUGAUUUGAACAAGCAUUUGGACACCAAAAAUGAAAACAGAAGAAUAUUGCGAAAACACUACCUUUGUCUGUCAGCGCCUGCUUUACAACUUCCAUCAGAUCCUCCAUAUCCUGGUCCAGGCACCUACAACAUUCCUUCUGAUUUUGAAGAAAGACCUAAACAGUACAUGUCGAGCUCAGCGUUUGUUUCCACUACAGGAAGAUGGUAUGCACCAGCUCAUGAUAAUAAUAUACCUGGACCUGCCUAUUACCAUCUUGCCCAACCAAUUGGAAAACAAUCAUUUCUGUUGAAUGCCAAUGAAAAGUGGAUAUGA